UUAAGGUCUGCUCCCCCACUCCCCAUUAAGGAUUGGCACCUUUGGAGGGGAGGGAGCAAGUACCCCGAAUUUGACAGGUAUCCGCCGCUGCUUGCCGACCACUGGCCUAGGCGAUCAGAAGCGGAAGGUGUCCUCCCUCCCUGUAGUCUUUUGGAACACGUGACCGGUCCCAGAAGACUACAGGACCAUUCAUGAAGCGCAGCGCUACUCGCGCAUGCGCAGUGGGUACCCGGAUGUGAAGCCGAAAGCUGUUACACAGCCGGGUGCCCACACUUAAGAUGCCGGCCUCCUGGAAUACAGGACGGCCGGUGAAACGGGCUGCGCGGGACACACCGAGGGACCA